CUUGGAUAGCCGAUUGUGAAAAGAGAGGAUAUUUGUAAACUGCACUAGCAGAAAAAUACAAUUUUGUACAGUUGUACUGCUGAAGUAUGUCGUCUGUGUGGACCAUACUGUUACUCCUACGACUUUGUUGGUCAGUGUUACCACAGAGUGGGUAUAUACAUCCUGAUGAAUUCUUCCAGGCAGUAGAAGUUGUUGCUGGUGAUGCUUUGAAUAUUAGUGUGAUACGAACCUGGGAGUUUACCUCUACUUACCCUCUGCGUAAUGUUGUGCUGCCUCAGAUCAUCUUCCAGCCAGUUUUCCAUCUUCUGAAGUACGCAGAUGAUAUUUUAAGAUUCCAUAUGACAGGAUACCACCUUGUGGCUAGCUAUCGUCUGCUUAUGACGUUAUUGAGUCUAUGGAUAGAUUAUUGUGUAUACAAGAUCUGCAAGGUCAUAGGAGUUCAAGGUCACACAGCAAACAUAUUGUUAGCCAGCUCUUAUGUGACACUGACCUUUCAAACUCACACUUUUUCAAAUUCAUUUGAAACAUUAUUGUUUAUUACUUUGGUAUUAUUGAUUUUAAUGUGUAUAAAAAAAGAUGAGGUAAGUAAAAGAAAAAGAGUGGCAAAUCGAUUCUGUUCAGAAGUUGAUACAUUGAGAGAUUUUUUCUCCGAUUUGUCCAGACCACUAGAAGAUAGGGAGGAUAGUGAAGUGGACGAGGAAGAUUUAGAUUCAUCCUUCAAUGAUUUGCAUAAAAAUGCAUUUAAUUUAAGGAAAAGAAAUCAAGAAAUUGAUCGCGAAAUUAAACAACCUAAAAGAGGUAAACAAGAUGAGAAAGCAAAAGUAAGAUAUCAUUUUGGAAGAGAUUCAGAAAAUUCCAAAACACAGACACAGAAAAGGCAACAACAGCGUUAUAAAAAUGAAUCUAUAGAGCAGAAUAGUUUAUACAUGUAUAUAGCUGUCAUGGCAGUAACAGUUACUUUUGGUGUAUUUAAUCGUCCAACGUUUGUAAUCUUUGCUGCUAUACCAUUUCUUUGGUGGAGUGACAAGCAUCCCUCUGGAGAAAAAUAUGUUUUUAAGAGGGCAGCUGUGUUCAUUAUCAUUGGCGUGAUUCUCUCUUUCAUCUUUGUUACCCUGGAUACAGUUUAUUUCUCUGGCAUGGAAAUUUCUUCUUUACUCACACUGAAUGGUUGGAGAAAAGUGCCAGAGAACUAUGUGAUUACACCACUAAAUUUUAUCCUGUACAACAUUAUGGCAACAAAUUUAGCCACACAUGGAUAUCAUCCAUUUUACGUCCAUUUGCUUGUGAACAUGCCACUUUUAUUUGGACCAAUGUUUAUAUAUUUGACUAGACAUGUGAUAAAAGAAUUUUUGAUUUUAUUGAAUGUUUUAAGAAAGGACAACGAGGGAUUCCAAGAAAACAAAUCAACAGCAGAACUGACUAUUCCAGUAGAAGUUAAACUCAGAAAUGAUUUUAAAGGCAUGCUAUGGCUUUUUAUUUUCUUUCCUGCUAUAGUACUCUCUUGUUUUCCACAUCAGGAAGCCAGAUUUCUUAUUCCACUCCUCCCACUUGUUGUUAUAAGUGUUGUUAUUUUUAGUAAGAAACUUGGAAAAAUAUUUUGGGCCAUUUUUAUAAUUUUCAAUGUUUUAUUUAGUGUUGUAUUUGGCGUUCUUCACCAGGGAGGUGUUAUUCCUAGCUUAAUGAGGUUGCAACAGUUAACCGAGACAGAAUUUAAGAAAAAUGAGAAUAUUUCAAUAAGUUUGAUAUUUUCAAAUACAUAUAUGCCUCCGAAACAUGUGCUUCUGACUCAGAAUUCAAACUUAGAAUUAAAAGAUUUAAAGGGGAGUAAUUUUCAAACAGUUUUUGCAGAAAUAGAAAAGCAUAAAAAACUAAAUAGCUUUACAAGCUCCGAUAAAAGCAUCAAUGGGAAAAAGAUUUUUAUUGUAUUGCCUGGGACGUUAGUUACAGAAUUUAAAGCGAGGUGUGAUGAACUAAUAAGCAUAAAAUCAGAAACAAGGUUCUUCCCACAUUUGUCUUUUGAAGAUCCACCGAUCACAGGAUUAAUUGACAGCUUUAAAACUUUUGUUGAUAUGAUGUCUCUUUAUUUGAUAGAAAUUGAAUAACAUAUUUUAAGAGAAUUGUAUUUGUGUUAUCACAGGCAGGUCCAGUUGUUAUAGAAGUUGAAGUUUAAAUAUAUCUGCAUAUUAGAAGAAAAGUUCUACUGUUUGACUCCCCUAAUCCGUAAUAGGGUGUUUCAUGAGUUGCAGUCUUAUUUAGUAAAAUUCAGAUAUAUACUAUUCAUCAUUCUAAAGGUCUCUGAGGUUGGUAGCAGGAUCUUCUAAAAUUUCAAAUAUAUCUCUAAGAAUCUCAGUUUUAAGGCCAAAGAUGUAGUUUUUCUAUUGUAAAAAUCAGACAAAAUCACAGUUUCGAAAACAGUUUUUUGAAAUUUUACAUUAUUUUUGCUUUUGAGCUAACUAAGAUAUCCUGAAAGUUUUAUGAUAACCCAUCUACAAAUAUAGCCAAAAUUUAAAACUUGGUGUCAAGAAUGGCCACAAUUUACAAUAGAAAAUACUCCUACCCACUAAAAUAGUUUUUAUUGAUGAAUUCAGAAUUAAGAUAUUUUGAAAAACAAAAAUGUUCCUACCACCAGUCUCCGAGUUAUUUGAAUUAUGUGAACUAUCAAUGGUAAUGUCUUAAACUUAAUGAUACAUGAAGGAAAACGCUUAUUACUGAAUAUAUGGAUCAAUUUAGUACACAUAGUCGUAAUUGUAUGCUGAAAAUUGUUUGACUUACAACAUGUAAAUCUUAAAGCAUUUUACACUUUAGAGCCAGGUUUUACAUUUUGAACCUGUAUGGCUAAAUCAGUGGAAAAUAGCAAUGUUCUUAAAUUUGACAGGCAUACUUGAAAAAGGGGCAAAAUCCUAGCAGCAUGUUAACAAAUUUGAAUGAAAUGUCAAUCUGUCAAUGGUAUUAUAAACCUCUCUAUGUCAAUGAUAUUAUAUAAUAUUGGUUUUAUGUCCCCGAAGGUGGGCAUAUCAAAACUGCAAUGUCCGUACGUCCGUGUGUGGGUUCGUGUAAAU